UUAAUUAAAAGGAGUUUCGCAUGACUUGCUAACAAGUAAACUGAGCAGUUUGCAUCUCCGAAAGCUAUCUAUUAAUAAUAGCUUUCUUCCUUCCAUUGUUCAGUAUCUUGUUAACGUGUUCUUGGUAUCUGAUAUCUGUGGGUGGUUCGGCUGCAUUUCAUUUCAUUUCAUUCAUAUAAGCUAUGAAUUGCGAUUUAGAAGCUGGGUCUCCCACUGAUUUUGACGGCGGAGACUGCUCGUCUGACCCAUUUGAUGUUACCAGAACAAAGAAUGCUCCUGUUCAGCGACUCAGACGUUGGAGGCAAGCCGCGCUUGUGCUUAAUGCUUCUCGUCGGUUUCGUUACACCUUGGACUUGAAGAAAGAAGAAGAGAGGAAGCAAAUAUUGAAAUUGAUUAUAGUGCAUACACAUGCCAUUCAAGCAGCAUAUCGUUUCAAGGCAGCUGGGGAGAAAACGGAUGGAUUAGGAACCGUAAUACCUCCAUCAAGCUCCCCUGGAGAAUUUUUAAUUGGACAAGAGAAAUUGUCUUCGGUCUCAAGGGAUCACGAUACAACUGCUCUGCAGGAAUAUGGAGGGGUUGUAGGGUUGUCACAAUUGUUAAAAACUAACUUAGAGAAGGGGAUUAAAUGUGAUCCUGCUGAAUUGGUAAAACGAAGAAAUGCAUUUGGUUCGAACAACUACCCUCGAAAGAAAGGAAGAAGUUUUUUGAUGUUUAUCUGGGAUGCUUGCAAGGACCUGACCUUGAUUAUUUUAACGGUAGCUGCCAUAGCUUCAUUAGCAUUAGGGAUAAAAUCUGAGGGUAUUAAGGAAGGAUGGUAUGAUGGAGGAAGCAUUGCCGUAGCAGUUAUUCUUGUUAUUCUUGUUACAGCAAUAUGUGAUUAUAAGCAAUCUCUUCAAUUUCAAGACCUAAAUGAGCAUAAAAGAAACAUACAUUUGGAGGUUAUUAGAGAUGGUAGAAGAGUUGAGAUCUCUAUAUAUGAUGUUGUUGUUGGUGAUGUUGUACCCCUUAAUAUUGGUGAUCAGGUCCCUGCCGAUGGAAUUUUGAUCACCGGUCACUCUCUUGCAAUUGAUGAAUCAAGUAUGACCGGGGAGAGCAAGAUUGUCAAUAAGCAUUCUAAGGAACCUUUUCUGAUUGCUGGAUGUAAAAUUGCAGAUGGAAGUGGCACUAUGUUGGUAACCGCAGUUGGUAUUAAUACUGAGUGGGGGCUUCUAAUGGCUAGCAUUUCAGAGGACAAUGGUGAAGAAACACCUUUGCAGGUACGCUUAAAUGGUGUUGCCACCUUCAUUGGUAUUACUGGACUCUCCGUGGCUAUCGUUGUUCUGAUUGUGCUACUGGCCAGAUAUUUCUCUGGGCAUACUAGAAACCCAGAUGGAAGUGUUCAAUUUACAGCAGGCAAGACCAAGGUCGGUGACGCUAUUAAUGGAACAAUUAAGAUAGUCACUGUUGCGGUCACGAUUGUAGUGGUUGCCGUGCCUGAAGGGCUCCCUCUCGCAGUUACCUUAACACUGGCCUUCUCAAUGAAAAAAAUGAUGGCAGAUAAAGCUUUGGUGAGGAGGCUUUCUGCCUGUGAGACUAUGGGGUCGGCCACAAUUAUUUGCACUGAUAAGACUGGAACUCUGACUAUGAAUCAGAUGACUGUUGUUGAGGCUUGCAUUGGUGGGAAAAAGAUUGAUCCUCACGAGAAAUCACAGCUCUCACCUAUGCUCUGUGCUUUGAUGAUUGAAGGUGUUGCACAGAACACUAAUGGAAGUGUUUAUGUGCCUGAGAGCGGUAAUGAUAUUGAGGUUUCUGGAUCACCAACAGAGAAAGCAAUUUUACAUUGGGGUAUUCAGCUUGGGAUGGAUUUUGAGGCUGCCAGAUCAGAAUCAUCAAUUAUCCAUGUCUUUCCAUUCAAUUCAGACAAAAAACGAGGUGGAGUUGCAAUACAAACGGUUGAUGCUGAAAUCCACAUACAUUGGAAAGGUGCUGCUGAGAUAAUCCUUGCUUGCUGUACAGGUUAUAUGGAUGCAAAUGAUCAGUUGGUGGAAAUGGAUGAGGAGAAGAUGACAGUUUUUAAAAAAGGUAUUGAAGACAUGGCUGCUGAUAGUCUACGUUGUGUUGCCAUUGCAUAUAGAUUAUAUGAAAUGGAGAAUGUUCCAGCUAGUGAAGAAGAUCUUGCUCACUGGUCACCGCCAGAGGAUGAUCUCGUUUUACUGGCUAUUCUUGGUCUGAAGGAUCCUUGUCGACCAGGUGUUAAAGAUGCAGUGCAGCUUUGCCAAAAAUCUGGGGUUAAGGUAAAAAUGGUCACUGGUGACAAUGUUAAAACUGCAAAAGCAAUUGCUGUGGAAUGUGGAAUACUUGGUUCAUUUGCUGAGGCUACAGAGCCAAACAUCAUUGAAGGAAAAACAUUCCGUGCCUUGUCUGAUAAAGAGAGAGAAGAAAUUGUUGAAAGGAUAUCGGUUAUGGGACGGUCAUCUCCUAAUGACAAGCUUCUGCUUGUGCAAGCAUUAAGGAGGAAGGGGCAUGUUGUGGCUGUAACUGGGGAUGGAACAAAUGAUGCUCCAGCACUGCAUGAGGCCGAUAUUGGUCUUGCAAUGGGUAUUCAAGGUACAGAAGUUGCUAAAGAGAGCUCUGAUAUCAUUAUUUUGGAUGACAAUUUUGCAUCAGUUGUGAAGGUUGUUAAAUGGGGGCGGUCAGUAUAUGCAAAUAUUCAGAAAUUUAUCCAGUUUCAGCUUACAGUCAAUAUAGCAGCUCUUGCUAUAAAUGUUGUUGCUGCAUUUUCAUCUGGUGAUGUCCCACUAAAUACAGUGCAGCUUCUCUGGGUUAAUCUUAUCAUGGAUACUCUUGGAGCACUAGCCUUGGCAACUGAACCACCAACAGAUCACCUUAUGGAUCAGCUUCCAGUGGGUCGAAGAGAACCUCUUGUUACAAAUAUUAUGUGGAGGAAUCUGCUGAUACAGGCAAUGUACCAAGUGUCUGUUUUGCUUAUACUUAAUUUCCGAGGCACGAGCAUACUGGAUCUGACGCACAAGCCCAAUGCAGUCAAAGUGAAGAAUACUCUGAUAUUCAAUGCAUUUGUUCUUUGUCAAGUCUUUAAUGAAUUUAAUGCACGAAAGCCGGAUGAAUUCAACAUAUUCAAGGGGGUUACCAAAAACUACCUCUUUAUGGGGAUAGUGGGAUUAACUAUUGUGCUUCAGAUUGUCAUCGUUGAAUUUCUUGGAAAGUUCACUAGAUCAGUCAAGCUUAAUUGGAAGCAGUGGCUCAUCUCUGUCAUUAUAGGAUUUAUCAGCUGGCCUCUUGCUGUGGUUGGAAAACUGAUACCAGUACCAGCAACUCCUGUGAAGAACUAUUUUCCAAGAUUUCGUUGUGGAAGAACAGAAAGAAAGAUGGAAUCUGAUGCUUCUCAAUAGAGCCAUGUUUAGAUGUCUUGCUGAUUCACUUUCUCCCUUCUGUCUGGUUUAUUCUCACAGAUGAUCUCCAUUAUAGUAUACUGGUUGCACAUAGUCGUUUCUCGGUGCCCAGAUCUGGAAACAAAGUCGGAUUAUUCUUAUACCUCGGUUCUUAUAGGGAUAUCAUAUGUGGAACUUCAGCCAAUCUUUCUUUUUUCAGCGUUUUUUUGUAAAUUUCAUAAGGGCUGAUGUAUAUAUUUCCAUGUAUUUGAAGAAGUGCAAAAAUAUAGAUGGCAAUAACACUAUUAUGAGAGUUCAAAUUUACUAUUUCAAUUUA